CGACUUGUGCAGUAGGUAUCGCAUAGACCUCGCGGUCAAGGUCUUUUACGUGUUUUGAUUGCAUUAAGAAAACAAAAACAUUACCACUAUCGUUUAAAUACGAAAUAUAUUCUCAUAAUUUUCUUUUUUUAAUAAAAUUAAAUUAACAACAAUCAAAAACAACAAAUCUCGAAACUAUUAUCUCGUGUGUCGCGCGCUACUUUCGUUGAGUCAUUUAAUAAAAGUGAAAAUUUUAAGUUUGAAUUCGGUCAUAUUUGCAUAUAUAAAACCAAAGGGAGAAAGAGAAAUUGUAUAUGUUGCGACUUUAGUUGGAAUUUCAGUGACAAAAUGGAUACGAACCGAUCAAAUGUGAAUUUAUCACAAAACCAAGUUCGCUGCUCAGCUCUUUUGUUUUAGAAGUGCGUAAAUGUUACACAAAGUUGUUUUACACUGAAUGUUUGUGCAAAUUUAAGUCAAAUCUUUUAAAAAACAGUUGAAUGAACCAUUGAAUGCAACAAAAAUUGUAUGAGUUGUUUUUUUAUCGUAUAAAUAAACGAAUAAUUUGAAAAAGUGAAAAGUGAAGUUGUGCCUUUGAGAGAUUACUCAACAUUAACAGGUUGCGGUUGUUAUGGGCAUUUAAGUCUUGCUGUAAUUUUAACAUUGUCAAAGUGAACAAAUCUACAACAUCGAGUUGCUUACCGGUCUGUGGCGGUGGAGCGAACGAACGAAAGUGAAAUUAAAUAUUGCGCACUCACAGAAAGCUCUCAGUGCGGUUUGGUGUGAUAAACAAGCAGAAACAUAGUCCAUAAUCAUAAGCGGAACUACCAGUCUUCUGAGCUUCGGCGACUUUAUCAUCGCGCACCGCGCCGACUUUGCCGUUGAUCACCCGCCCAAUCGAGUUACAAUUUAACUGAAUAUUAACGGUUUUGUUUCGUUGGUCAAGCGUUCCCAGUUCGGUGGUAGCUACCGAAACACUCGGACAAAGACGUGUUAAGUGCGUAGAAUCGUCGUUGUUGUUUUGUUUAUAACAUUCGUUUUUUGUGUUCUUUUUCGCCGAUUCGUGGAGUUUCAUUCGAAAAGUUGUGGUCCUUCUUGAAAUAGAAGUCACAAUCUAAUAACUUAUAGCUUAUAGCUUAGCAUAAACAUUCAAUUAAAUAAGAAAUAAUGCACUAGGGAGUGUGCGUGCGUGAUUUUAAGCUGUAAUGCAUCUAUCCAAUGUGAGUGUCAAGAUUAAUGAGACUUACGAUAAUUAUUAUUACCUAAUGGUAUUUCCAUAUGUAUUUUAUAAUUGUAAAACUAUCCUAAAUUUAUUUAAAAAAAUAAACAAUUAGUAAUAAAUUAUUAUCAAUUUAAAAUCGGAAAAGAAAAUGACUAUUAAUCGCAGUGUAAACUGGUGUUGUUUGUUUUCAAUUGUCUUCUUAGUUAUUUCUUGUGAAUUUUCUGUGAUAUUGGCAUUCAAUGAUAGUUUUGAAUUAGAUUAUGAUUCAGCACAAACAUCCGAAACAAACAGAUCUGGACGUUUUUUGUUUGAUUCGAUUUUUGGAAUAGGAGCUGGGAUAAGCAGUGCAUUGGGAUAUGAGACCACUGAUGGUGAUGAGGAUGCAAAUGUUGAGAGUCUUGUAAAGACUUGUGAUUGUGAUUGUGGAUAUUCGAAUGAAGAAAUACGGAUUGUUGGUGGUAAGCCUACAGGCGUCAAUCAAUAUCCAUGGAUGGCUCGAAUAGUGUACGAUGGUAAAUUCCAUUGUGGCGGUUCACUUCUGACCAAAGACUAUGUCAUAACAGCGGCGCAUUGUGUGAAGAAGCUGCGAAGAUCGAAAAUUCGUGUCAUCUUCGGCGAUCAUGAUCAACACAUUACCACAGAGUCCAAGGCGAUACAAAGAGCCGUCACCACAAUUGUGAAACACCGCAGUUUCGACCCGGAUACCUACAACAACGACAUUGCCCUGUUGCGCCUCAGAAAGCCUAUUGUCUUUUCAAAAAUCAUGAAGCCCAUUUGCUUGCCUCGACUCAACUACGACCCAGCUGGUAGGACGGGCACUGUCGUCGGCUGGGGACGCACAUCCGAAGGCGGAGAACUACCGGCGAUAGUUAACCAGGUUAAGGUGCCGAUUCUAACGAUUACCGAAUGCAGGAAUCAGCGAUACAAAAGCAGUCGAAUAACCUCGAGUAUGCUGUGUGCGGGCAAAUCGAAAAUGGACUCUUGCCAGGGUGACAGUGGUGGACCACUUUUACUCUCAAACGGAGUCAAGUACUAUAUUGUGGGAAUCGUGUCGUGGGGUGUUGGAUGUGGACGCGACGGAUACCCUGGGGUUUAUACAAGAGUCAGUAAAUUUAUUCCGUGGAUCAAGGCGAAUUUGGAGAACACAUGUUUGUGUACAUAACAAAUGGAGAAUAUUUGAUUUUUGCUUUUGUAAAUUUGUACAAGUUAUAUUCAAUGAUUUUAUAUUUAUUUUGAAAUUAAUGAAUCCUAAGAAAAUAAA